AUGGCGCCUUCCUGGAAAUUGUCAAUAGCCAAGAAGACAGCGAGUUUGAGGAUUCUGAUGACCAAAUUGAAGCAGGUUGUAGCAGCCUUCGACGAUAUUUGCCGAUUUGCCAAGAACAUCCAGGGAACUACUUCCGCCACCCAAAUCCUUCUUCGGCUGGAAAAAAUCGACGACUUAUGGGAAAGGUACGGAGCAACUCUCGUGGAAGUCCAGUCCCAUGAAGAUUAUGAUGAGGAGGACGUGGAAAGCGAUGCGCACGAUAACCGAAGACAGGAAUUUAGUGACCGUUAUUACGAGGUUAAGUCGAUUUUAUCAGAUGAGCUUAGGGAGAGACAGGAACCAACUAAUCUCAAUCAACCCAUUCGUAGUGAUACUCCAACAAUGUCCAACCUCGAUCGCGUACGUCUUCCGCAGAUUAGCCUACAAACUUUUAAUGGGGAUAUAGAUGAUUGGCUAAGUUUUCGGGAUCUAUUCUCUUCCUUAAUCCACCGAAAGACAGAUUUGCCUGAUGUAGAAAAAUUCCAUUACUUGAAGGGUUGUUUGCAAGGGGAACCAAAAACAAUUAUCGAUUCACUUAAAAUCACUGCAGCAAAUUAUCAGGUAGCAUGGGGGUUGUUAACUAAACGGUACAAUAACAGCAAAGUGCUGAAGAAACGGCAGAUUCAAGCGCUAUUGAAGUUACCCAUUCUGCUCAAGGAAUCCGCUUCCGAAUUGCACACUCGUGGAAGGAUUUGA